UUAAUGAAUUAGAUGUGAAAACAUGCAUGAGGUAAAAAUGUGAAAUAUCGCACGAACUAAAAAAUUGCAACGAGUAGUACAACCGAGAAGUUUACUCGUUCGUUUAUUCGCUGUGUUAAUUCUGUUCGUGUGCGAUGUGAUAAACGACACUUGAUAUUUAGAUGUUCUCUAGCGAGGUUCGUGGAAAGUAAAGUCGGGCUAAAAUUUUCAGGAACAAUUUAAGAUAUAAUAUUGUGAUUGUCAGAGUUGAAUUGAAAUUGGAUUGAAAAAAUAUAUAUAUCUGUGACGAAAAAUGCAAAACUGCAGUGCAUUUAACAACCCCACGGAGAAAAACAAUAUCUAAAAUAAUAUAUAAAAGUGAAACUUUUACAAAGACCAUCCUUAACGUGAAUUACUGUUUGUUAACGGGGUGCGUCUAAAAAUCAAAAAUCAAAGAAAUGAACAUUAAAAAUCCAGAGGCUUUGAAGAGUUGGCUGAUCAUAGUGUUGGAGCCAUUAUGUGACGCGGACUCCUCAGCACUUGCACGUUACGUUUUGGCUCUACUUAAGAAAGACAAGCCAGAGAGUGAACUCGUCGCUUUGAUGAUAGAGCAACUUGAUGUCUUUUUGGGUGAAGAAACUACUACUUUUGUUGAUAAACUAUUUGUUGCCAUAAACACAGAAGAAUACCUGAAGCGUACUGCAGAAGCUACCAUCAAAUCUGAAGAUAUGUAUUCCUUUACAUCAUCAUCAGAUCCGAGGCAUAAAGCUGAUGUUAAGCGUCUCGAUGAUAAAAAGUCUGAUUUACCUUCUUGCAGUGAUGCUUAUAAUUUAAUUGAUAGUGAUUCGGUCAAAACCAAAGAUAGUCCUAAUGGCGGACCUAAAUCAAAUGAUGCCAGGGAUAUUAAAAUUGAACCAGCAGCAACUAGCUCAUCUGCAUCCGUCGCUGUAAGCUCACCUGCCAAAGUUGUUACCGAUAAGGAGAAUCUACCACGUGAAGGUCGUCGUAGGCGACUAUCAUGUCGUUCACGCUCUAAUUCGCGUUCACGUUCUCGUACCCGUACGCGUUCUCCACGCAGUCGUUCACGUUCUCGUUCUGUAGAGCGUCCACGUCGUUCACGUUCUCGUGAAAGACGCGCUAGUGAACGUGAGAAACCAAGGCAGGUUCGGAAAUCACCACCACCACCAACAACAGAUUCUCGUUAUAGCAGCUCUCACGAUCGUCGUCGCGGUGAUCAACGUAGACGUGGUACAGAUGAUAGAUCACCACGCUUUAGUGGUGCUACUAGUGUUGAAAGCAGUCGCAAACCCCGAGUUGCUCGUACGGUUUCUCGAAGUAAAUCCAAUUCAUCCGAACGCGGCAGAAAUAAAAUUUCUCCAUCACGCUCCUCGCGUAAUACCCCCGAACGUCAUCCACAUCCUCAUCCCCAUCCACAUCCACAUCCAGAGCACGAUAAUGUUAAGCGUCAACGCUGUCGUGAUUUUGAUGAAAAGGGCUAUUGCGUUCGUGGUGAAACUUGUCCCUGGGAUCAUGGUGUUAAUCCAGUGGUCUUUGAAAACAUAAAUAAUACCGCUUUAAUCAGCAUGUCGUUACGUGAAUAUAACCCAGAUUCACCUGAUUUAUGGACACGUCCAAAUCCAAAUAAUCCUUUGGUGGGUGGUACAGGUGCCAUUAUGGCUGGCGGUCCUGGUGAUAUGAAUGCAGCUAACAUAAACCCAUUUACAGGCGUCCCCAGGCCUGGUGUAGUGAUGGCUGGACCAGUUGUACCAAAUGGUGUCGCACCUAUUGGUGAUUAUCCACGCCCUGGUGUUAGCGGCACAGUAGGUUUUCGUGGUAUUAUGCCGUUUCCAUUCAAUCAAUCUAUGUCUGCACCAUUACAGCGGGAAUUGAUUCCCAUACCUGUUGUCGAUGCCAAUGUAGAAUCGAAUGCAAGCGAGGGAGGUAGCAAUACGCAUCACGGCAAACGUCGUCAUGAAGGAGACGAUAACAAUACUGAUGGACCUACACUACGUAAAAUGCCUGUUAAUGCACGUCUUGGACCACGUGUUCCACAUAUUCAAAGUAACUCUUCUCUUGAAUUACGCAAAGUUCCACGUGGUCUCAACACCAUAACCCACCUUAAUAAUCACUUUAGCAAGUUUGGUAAGAUAGUCAAUAUACAGGUUUCUUAUGAUGGUGAUCCAGAAGCAGCAAUAGUUACAUUUAAUGCACAUGCUGAAGCCAAUGUGGCCUACCGCAGUACGGAGGCAGUGCUUAAUAAUCGCUUCAUUAAAGUUUUUUGGCACAAUCCGGAUGCUAGUGCCCAUAGCACAGCAACUGAAUCAACUGAUCAACGUCGUAAAAGUCAAUAUCACUUAAACAAUGUUACAGCCGCAUCUAAGCAAGCAGCUGAUGCAAACAAGUCAUCAGUCUCAGCUACUGUUACUAGUCAAUCUUCAGCCAAAAGUAGUACCGCUGCUAAUGCAGGUGAGCCGACAACUUCGGCUAAUGCAACUACUGUUGCUAUGACACCAAUACGUGCAAAAAGCGCUAUACCACGUACCAUAUCUCCAGCCAUUGCUAGUGCAUUGUUGCGUAAAAAACAAGAAGAACAACAUAAGGCCGCUGUACAAUUGGCAAACGGUUUGCGAAAACGUAAACAAGAAUUAAUGCAAAGCUAUGUCAAGCAAAUGAAGCAGGCACUCGAUUUAGUUGAACGUUGCGAACCUAAUGAUCCUCAACGCCAGCGUACUCUUGAUACAGUCAAGGUAUUACAGGAUUCUAUUGAUAAGUUACGUAAAGAGAUUAGCGUUGAUGCAGAACAGAUGCAAGCUCAACUACUUAACCAUAACCUCAAUCACAACCAUACCCACAAUCAUAAUCAUACCCUUAGCCAUAGCCAUAGCCACAGUCAUCACAGCAACCACAGUCAUAGCCACAACCAACAACAACAACAACAGGUAACUCCACAGACUACCGCUGCAAUAAUCAAAAAGACCAAAGAGCAACAAAAGAAAGAAUUACUUGAUAUCGAAUUGGAGUUAUUUGCCCAACAGCAAGAGGGCAAUGAUACUACAGCCAUACAGAAACGUAUUGAAGAGCUUCAACGUAGUUUGGGUAUCUCCGCAAAUGGUGUGGGCCCAUCGGGCCAUCCACAUCCGAGCACAAGUGGCAAAGGUAUGCAUUAUGCUAGCAAUCGUCCAAAUCGUGCACGAUCCAUGUACGCAGAUGUUUCUACACGUGUUGAUCGUCGUCCAAAGACAAUCGUUAUUACUGGAUUUACUGCAGAAGAGGCUGAUUUUGUACUUGGACACUUUAAGCAUUUUGGUGAAGUUCUGAAGCACGAUAUGGACAAGAAAAUACCGCAAUUGAUUAUUACGUAUGCAACACGCAUACAUGCUGAAUAUGCUAUUGUUCAUGGCAAAGUAUUUAAGGAUAAACGUUUGCAUAUUAUCUGGGCACCAGUAGUUACUACUACCCCAGCAAAACCAACCGCCACUAUAACUGCUCCUCCAGCUGUAACAAGUAGCUCAAUUGAAAAAGAAACUUCACGUAGUAAUGAUAUAGAAGUUAUCACAGAGUCUUUGGCUUCAGAUAAGAGUGAGAAGGCUUCUAGCGAUAGCGAGGAUAGGCCUUUAAGUACUUUACCUGAAUUGCGGUUAGAAGAUGAAGAAGAAGACGAAGAUGCUGAAGAUCGGUCUUGGCGCCGUUAAUUAUCAAAAUUAAAAUUUUUUUUUUUUUUAGAAUAUUCUUUACUUUUAAUUUUUUUUUCAAAUACUUUCAAA